AUGGACGAGAAGCCCCCCCGGCCCACCUCCGGGCACGGGAGCGAGAACGCCAGCCUCGCCCCCUCGGAGAGCGCAACAGCAACCGACCCCGAGAAAACCAACAGCAGGACCUUCGAGCCCAUCCGGCCCGGCAACACGGCCGCCCGCCCCGCCUCACACAAUGGCGGCACCCGCCGGCUCAGCGCCGAGACGAUCGAAACCCUCCGGCGCGAGCGCUCCAACAACGGCUGGGGGUGCGACGACAUCGAGGCUGAUGCUGCGGGCGGCACCAUCGCGCCGUAUAACCACCCCGGGGGUAAGAUGAAGAAGAAGGGUGGUGGUGGUGGUGAGAGUGGUGGUGGCAGUAGUAGUAGUACUGAUGGUGCCGGUGAUGGCGGUGCGGAUGCGGGUGUUGUUGUGGAUCCGUUCGAGGUUGGCUGGGAGGGAGGGGAUAGUGAUCCGUUGUGUCCGAGGAGUUUUCCGACGUGGCGGAAGUGGUUGAUUAUUGCGAUUACGAGCGUGGGGUCGUUUUGCGUAACGAACGCGUCGGCAUCAUACACGGCGACGUAUGCUCAGAUGAACGAGGAGUUCGACAACUCACGGCUGGUGGCGACGCUGGGUUUGUCGACAUUCGUGCUGGGGAUUGCCUUGGGUCCGUUCUGGUCGCCGUUGGCCGAGUUCUACGGCCGGCGGCCGAUUUAUCUCUGCUCUUUCGCCGGGUUCAUCAUCUGGCUGGUUCCGUCGGCGGUGGCGAAGAACAUCGAGACCAUGAUCGUGUCACGCUUCUUCCAGGGGUUGGCAGGGAGUGCGUUCUUGUCUGUCUCUGGAGGGACGGUGGGAGAUUUGUUCACCCGCGACACCAUGCUUGCGCCCAUGGCGAUUUUUGCCCUUGCGCCUUUUGUUGGGCCGUCGACGGGCCCGCUGGUCGGGGGGCUGAUCAACACCUACAUCAACUGGCGCUGGACGCAUUAUGUGUUGUUGAUUUGGGCCAGCGUCUUGUUACUUACCAUUACGUUGUUCGUACCGGAGACUUAUCAUCCGGUGCUACUCAAAAAGAAGGCACAAAAUCUCCGGAAAACGACCGGCGACGACAGGUGGCGCGCGCCUCUUGAGAAAUCCACCAAGUCUGUUUCCAAGACGGUCGCUUACUCGCUGCUCCGUCCCUUCCAAAUCCUCAUCUUCGAGCCCAUGGCCGUGGUGCUCAACAUCUAUACGGCUGUUCUCCUCGGUCUACUCUACCUUUUCUUCGGCGCCUUCCCGCUCAUCUUCCGCACGAACCAUGGUUUCAACCUCUGGCAGGUUGGUCUGACCUUCAUGGGCCUGUUAGUAUCCAUGAUCCUCGCUUGCUUGAGCACCCCUCUCUGGACCAGGCUCCGGCACAACAUGGUGGCGAAGCGGUUCAAGGAGACGGGCGUGCUCAAAGACGAGCCCGAAGACCAGCUGCCGCCUGUCAUAUUCGGCGCCCCGCUGAUCACCGGGGGUUUGUUCUGGUUCGGCUUUACGACAUACCCCGAGGUACACUGGAUCGUGCCUAUCAUCGGUUCCAGCGUGUUUGGUCUUGGGUCGACGCAUACCCACGGUACGCAGCCAGUGCCCUGGCAUCCAAUGCCUUGGUCAGGUGCUCCUUCGCAGAUGUACGAGGCCCUUGGGUAUCAGUGGGCCACUGGGCUCGUGGCCUUUGUGACGCUCGCCUUGAUGCCCUUCCCUUACAUCUUCUUCCGGUACGGCAAGAGGAUACGAGCCAGAAGCAGAUAUGCGACCACCACAUAA